AUGGCUGAAAAUAGAGAAGAAAUUCUUGCCAAUUUUCAGACCAUUACUAAUGUUGAAGAUGUCGACGAAGCAUUAUUUCACUUAGAAGAAAGCAAUUGGGAUUUACUGUCUGCAAUAAACAGAGUGUUGCCUCAAGAUGGUAACUCCACAACUCAGACAAAUAAUGCACAAGAUGAAGAGAUGAUUGAUGAUGACAUAUCUGUGAUAACUCCAAAAAAUCACCCACCUGAUCGGCAAGAUAAUAAUCAGGCUUCAACAUCUUCAUUAAGAAACAGCUCCUCUGAUUUAGUAGAACUUCAAGUUAACUGUAAUAAUAAGAUAAAAGAAAUUAUUAUGUCUGGUUCAGCGACUGUCAGUGAUUUAAAAAAUCGUUUAGAAAUGGUAUUUGGUAUACCAGUGUGUCAGCAACAGAUAUCAGGACUGGGUGGGUCAAAGGCUACGUCCACAGCACUACUUUCAAGUUUAGGUCUAGCCAGAAAUGCCGUACUUCGGUUAAAAGCUGCAGAUGGAUUGAUGGCUGAUGAAGAGGUAGCAGAAAGACUGACAACUACAUAUGUUCUACAUGUGAAACAUGAAGAUAGAGAUUACACGCUCAAAUACCCAGGAACCAAAACUGUGCAAGAGGUUAAAAAUGAUCUCUUCUCGCUGACAGAUAUACCUGUUAGACAUCAGGUAUGGACAGGAUGGCCAAAUGUAACGGGCUUAGACGACACAGUGCUAGCGAUGGUUGGGUUAAAUCUACCUCUACAUGAACUAACCGUUCGUGGAGCUCCGAAACAGAGGGAAUAUAAGAGGAUAAUUGUAGAUAGUUCAGACAGUGAAAACAGUUCCGUGGAAGAAGUCGAGGAUGCCGAUGCAUUCCCUGCUGAAGAUGAGAUGUUCGUCGAUGUUCCUUCAGAUCGACUUCAGCCUUUGAUGUCCGAGCGUGUCCAAGAUGAAGCCCUAGGCUGUAUAGAGUUCGCGCAACGGUUCCGAGCUCGGUACGGACCGAAUUCGCCUAACUUCUUCGAAGGGACACUGCAGGACGCUAUCAAGGAGUCAUGUCUCACCCCAGCCAAAGAGAGAAAGCUCCUCGCAGUGUAUCUGCAUCAUGAGCAUUCGGUCCUGUCGAAUGUGUUUUGUACCCAACUUCUCGGCUGUGAAACGGUGCUGCAGACACUUUCGGCAAACUUCAUAGUGUACGGCUGGGAUCUUACUUACCCGGAUAAUAUGAAUUUAUUACUAACGUCAGUGACAAAUGCGUUAGACCUGGUGGCGAGUAGGACGAUUCGAAGGAUUCCAAUUGAUCGGUUGCCCGCGCUGAUUAUUAUCAUGCGCCUGCGCUCCAAUACAGAGAUAUACUCCGUUAUCAAUGGUAACGUGGGUGUGUCGGAGUUGGUGGGGGGUUUAAUGGAGGCGGUGGAAAGGUUCGCUGUUCAAAGGGAAGAAGACGCGAAGGUCGAGAGGGAGAGACUUGCUAGGCAACGUGUCAAGUGGGAGCAAGACGAGGCGUACCAGAUGAGUCUUGAUGCUGAUAGAGCAAAAGAGGAAGUAAAGAAGCAGUUAGAGCUAGAACGGAAUCAAGAGAUAGAGCGCGCGGAGUCCGAGCGUCAAAUGCAAGAAGCGCACAAGGAGGCGCAAAGGCUCGGUGCGGAGGCGCGGGUGCCUCCCGAGCCAGAGGCAGACGCCGGUGACGUCACGCGCAUACGGGUGCGCCUGCCCCCACCCCACCACGAGUGCUUAGAGAGGCGGUUUAGGGCGCAGGACACGCUGGCCGGGCUGUUAGACUUCUUAGCGUCGAAAGGUUACCCACAAGAGAACUACAAAGUUAUUUCUAGCUGGCCUAGAAGAGACCUGACCGCGGAAUCUCAGAGCAGUACACUGAAGGCACUCAAUCUAUAUCCACAAGAAACCAUCGUUCUGGAGGAGCGGUGA